AUGGGAGGUGGCGAAGCGUGUGUGACUCCAACCUGUGGCAAGAGCGGCUCACUCGUGUGCCCAACGUGCAAGAAACUGGGCGUCCCGCCUGUCAUGAGCUCCUUCUGCUCGCAAUUGUGCUUUAAAGGCUAUUGGUCCUCCCACAAGGCGCUGCACAAGAUGUUUACGCAAGCACUAAGUGAGACCCGCACUUCCGGGUCUUCGUCACCGUUCGAUGGAUUUGCAUUCACGGGAAAGCUACGACCAGGGAAAGUGUCGCCAAUGAGGACAGUGCCUGAGCACAUUCAGCGUCCGGACUAUGCAGAGACGGGCAUCCCCGUCUCCGAACAGCAAGCGAGCAAGAGCAUUCCCAUUUAUACGCGCGAGCAGAUUGCAGGUAUUCGGGAAGCUUGUCGCCUUGGAAGAGAGGUGCUCGAUCUUGCAGGCAGAGCACUGCGAGUAGGUGUGACGGGGGACGAGAUUGACAAGAUUGUGCACAAGGCCUGUAUUGAGCGGGGGUGCUACCCGUCCCCACUGAAUUAUUACCACUUUCCUAAAUCUGUCUGCGUCUCGGUGAACGAAGUGAUUUGUCACGGUAUCCCAGACUCGCGUCCAUUUGAAGACGGCGAUAUUGUCAACCUUGAUGUGACAGUGUACAAGAACGGGUACCACGGAGAUUUGAACGAUACGUUCUUGGUAGGGAAUGUCGACGAAGACGGUGUACGGCUCGUGAAAACAGCGUUUGAGACUUUGGCGGCGGCGUCCAAGCUGGUGCGUCCAGGCACGAUGUUUCGUGAGCUAGGCAAGCACAUUGCUGCAGUUGCGAACGCUCAGGACUUUUCCGUCGUGAAGACGUAUUGUGGUCAUGGAAUUGGAUCGUUAUUCCACUGCUCUCCGAACGUCCCUCAUUAUGCGAAGAACAAGGCUGUUGGUAUCAUGAAGCCUGGAAUGAUUUUUACUAUCGAGCCGAUGAUCAAUAUGGGCUCAUGGCGUGAUAAGACGUGGCCUGAUGACUGGACAGCUGUGACGCAGGACGGCAUGCGCUCCGCACAGUUUGAGCACACUUUUCUCGUGACAGAGACGGGCUGCGAGAUCCUGACUGCACGUGAGAAUGAGCCGAUGAUGGAAUGGGACUUCGCUAAGGUGCACCGCCCGUAA